UCUUGUCAGUUUGUUUGCUUUACAAAAUAUAAAGCAUGAAUCUUGUUGCUGUAUUCAUUUGGUUGCUAUAGCUGCAUUCGUAAGCUUCCCUGUUUUCCUCAAAUGGUGAAUUCCAGGAAACACUACAACUCGGGAAGCAGGAUAACAAUACUAUGCUAUGCCAGCCACUAUCUCUUCAUGGUUUGGAGGGUGACUUACCUUGAAUACACUUCGUUGCAGCUGAAGAAUGUGCAGUUUUUGGGACCUGCACACUACAGGGAGUAAUGACUGUCACUACAUCCUGAGUACACCAGGAAGGAGCUGCAUCUGAUCAUCAUUAAUAAAUGUUUAUCAAAGUUAACAUUUUUGAACUAGAUCUCACUCUCCCAUCUGCUGGUGUGCACUGGCUAGAUAGUAAAUGGCUGAUGUAAGCCUAAACCUACGAUUGCUGUCAUUACGCAAUUAUUAUGACAAAGAGGGAAAGAUACGACAUCACAGUGCUGCAGGUGGCAGGAGGUCACCUAGCUGGAGAGAAACUGACUCCAUGCAGGCCCAAAGGAGGAAGAGUGUGGGAGAUUCCCCUCCCCUAUCACUUGCAGAUUUGAAUUGGAAUUCCAACAGCUUGUACAGAAGCAAGAGAUCUCCCAUCCUGGCUGAGGGUAUUUUGAAAAGCAAACCAGAGCUGCUGGACUCCAGUUAUCUAUACAAGGACUACAGGGAAUAUGACAAAGGAUUUACCAACCUCAUGCAAGAACCUAGAGCAAGGUCUGCAAGCCCCCUCAGAGCCCUGCAUCAUUAUGAACUUGGAAGCUCCCUUUUAACUAAUGGAAUAUAUGAUUAUGGGAAGUCUACCAGCCCACCAAUCAGACGGAAGCAUUCCAUGGCACGCAUACUUAGUGGACAUCAAAAGAAUGAACAAAGCACACUAGCCUCUUCUUUGGGUGGACUGACAGAAAAAGAACUUCGUGCUUCCUUAUCUGAAAGUGCCAGAAAAAGGGCAGAGCUUAUAAAUCGUUUGAGAACGGCCCAUGGUAUGCUGGAAGAACAGUCUGAACUGAUCAGGACCCGUCAGUCAGAUUUAGACAUUAACAAAACAAAGAUCGAACUUCUCUCCUUAAAACAAAAACAAAUGGAAGAAUCUGUUGGUCGUCUGGAGAAAGAAAAAGAAGAGUUGGAGCUGUCACGCCAUGAAGACAUUAAACAGAGAGGACAGCUACAGGAUAAAAUCUCACAGCUAGAAAAUGAAGUGGCAAAAACCAGAUCUUCUCUAGAAAAACUAACUCGUAGCACUUUUGUACCUUUUGCUACUCAGAGGGCCUCAUUCCCAAAGACUGAAGAGGAUGCACUAAAGCAGGGUAGUGACAGUUUGAAACGGGAGUCACAGGCUGUCCGUGAAGCCUUGAAUAUCUACAAGGAGCAUGCAGAAAAUUUAGUGAGAGAACGGGACAAGGCAGUGGAAGAACUGCAGAGCUUCAAACAGGAACAUCAUCUUCUGUUCACUCAGACUAACGAGGCCAACCAGAGAGCAACUGACUCCAUCCGUGCACAAAGUGAGCUGUACGACGAGCUGGUUGAUCUGCGGGGCAAGUACAGCGAAGUCAGCCUGGAAAAAGAUCUGUUGUCAUCCAAAGUGAUAAGAUUGGAAGAAAAUGUUGCAGACCUCAGGAUGAAUUUGACAGCAGCUAUUUCUGACAAAGAUCGGAUUUUGCAAGAGAAACUGGGAUUAAAUCAACAAGUACAACAACUGAGCCUUGAACUAGAGCGUGCACAACGAGGCAGAGAAGGAUUCAAUAACCAAGUGUCUGACCUACACAUUCAGCUGGUUAGUGCAAAAGCUCAGGUCAAUCGUGAAGAUCAGGAGAAAAUUCUCAUGAAGGAGGAGCUGAUAACAGUAAAACAGGUAAAUGACAAUCUGACAUUUGAAUUAGGUCAGGUCUGUCAUAAACUGGAGAAUACCAUGGAGCAGUUGCAUCAUUUGGAAGCAGAAAAGAAAAUCCUCACCAAUCAGGUUGAAGCACUUGAAAUGGAACGUGCUGAGUUAUUAGGGGAGAAGGAGAUGCUUAUGUCUUCAGUGAAGAUCGACAUUAGAAGCCAAGAGGGAGAAAGCCAGGCUCUACAAGAGAUGUGCGAUGAGCUGAGAGCAUCACUGGAGACUUUAGAAAUGGAGAACAGCACUCUGAAGGCACGAAAUCAAGAACUGGAGUCUCAGUUCAGGCAGAGGGAGGAGCAGCUGAGCUCCAUGUUGGAAGAGCAUCAGCGGGUGGCCCAGCACUGGAAGGAGAGAUGGCAGGAAUCAGCCGUGACUUUGAAGCUGAAAGAAGAGGAGCUGCAACAAAUCACAUUACAGUUCCAGAAUGCACAGGAAAAGAACACUGAACUGUUAGGUGACUGUGCAUUGUUCCAGGUGGAGCUGGAAGAAUUAGCAGAACUGAAAACUACUGUCAAAAGGUUGCAUGGAGAGAGACAACAUUUGAUGGAGAAGCAGAAGGAAAAUGGUCAGGAUGUACAUCAACUGCAGCUCCAGAGAAGCAUCACGACUGGCUCACCUCAGCAUGAAGAGUACCUUGAAAAGUUUUCCAGUGAGCGGAACAUAUGUCACGGAGAGCUGCAACAAAAUCAUGACAGAAUUAAUGAACUAGGAAGGCAAAAUACUGAAACCGAGGCAGAACUGAAGAAACUGAAGGAAGAGAAUGCUGCUGUGCUUCGUGUUAGAGUUGAGCUGGAUGUGUGUCGACAGGAACUGGAACUGGAGAGAAGCAGGAGUAAAUCCCUGCAGCAGCAAGUUCACCAGUUACAAAUGAAGUGUCAGGCCAAAUUACCACGUCGACUGUCCAGGAGCCGAAGCAUGGUGGUACAAUUCGAACAUGAGAGCCCUGUGAGCCCCCUUCAAGAAAGAUGCUUCAGUAGUGGUGAUGCGAUUCAGUUGUUUGAAAUCAACUCUUCAGAAUCAGAAGGGAUCUGUGAUGUCAUUGACAGCAUGCCUACAGAACGGCAUACUGAGGGUUUGGAGAAACAGAAACUACUACUACAGAUUGAUGCCCUUAAUGAAGAACUAGUAGAAAUGAGAUGCACAAGACAGAAACAUGAGGCAAUCAUACAGAGUCUGAAAGAGGAGCUGGAGGAAGUAAAAUUGGAGAAGCCAAAUGAAAUUAAGGCAUCCCUAGAAGAAGUAGACAGCGAGUUGUUCCAGGUCCGAGAAGAAUUACAGAAGGUGUGGGACAUGCUAAAAAGACGUGACACUGAGCUGGAAGAGCAAUACCUAGAACUGGAGUCUGCUAGAGACCAGUUCUCAGAGUGCAGCACGGAGAAGCAAAGACUGGCCAGUAUGGUUUCUUCUCUGGAACAACAGCUUUCUGAGAAAGAACAGACUUUAAGACAUGUUGAAAGAAUUCAUGAAACAGAAAAGACAGAGCUGGAGAUUAAAAUUUCAUCCUUGGAGCUAAAGCUUGCUGAAAUGGAGAUUUUGGGAGGCAAAAUCAAGAAUGAAACUGCAUCCCAAGAAAAAUGUUUUACGCCAAGUUCCCUUCUGAAGCGUAUGGACUCAACGCUUAAAGAUGAAGCCAAGAAAACUAUCAAAAAGCAGCAGGAACAGAAUGAGGCCUUGACAUCUCCGAGUUCAUCUCAAGAGGGUGUCAGUGAAAGAGCUCAUUUAGAAGAAUGGGGUAGAAGGAGUCCAUAUGGAGAGAAUGACAAUUUGAAGCAUCAGCAACGUUUAGUCACUGAGCAGGUAAUUCAUCUGAGUGCAUUUUAA